GUAUGUUAGGAAAAGCUCUAUCUCUAUUUUUCAUUCUUGCAAUUGCGGCUAUCAUUUUUAUUGCAGAUUGUAGCAUUAUAAAUGUAGAAUUCCAGCGUGUUUCACAAUCUAAUGGUGGAAUUAAAGGCUUAAUAGAUUCAUAUUCACAACAUUCUAAAAAUAUUUGA